CUUGCCAAAUCUCAAGGGCUCUUUGCAAAUGCUCCAUCUUGUAUAAAUUGAGAGAGAGAGAGAGAGAGGUCUUGAUUCAUGUGGGGUUCUCUCAGAUGGUGAGCAUGGCCUGCUGGCUUUCCACUGCAAAUCGGUUCCUCCCACAUAUGGCAGGCAGAGCAUGAUCUGCCAUACAUGAGCAUCCUGUCUGUGUCAUCAGCUCCACACCACAAGCUGCUAGCUGCUUGAGGCCUGAGAGUGAGAGUCUCCGCUAGCACCACUGCCGUCCAGUUCAUCUGCCAGAUUUCGCUCGGUUCAGACACUGUCGAGUUGUAGUGACUCCGCUGCUUCUUUGGACAUGGAGAGGAAGAAGAGGGGAUGGUUCGAGCGCAUCAAGAGGCUCUUCGUCUCCGAGCCGAAGCAGAAGGCCAAAGUGGAGAAGAAGGUGAAGAGCAAGAGGUGGAUGUUCGUGGGGAAGCUCAAGACGCAGAAUUCGUUCGCGCUGCCGGCACCGGCGCCGGCGGCGGCGGUGGAGGAGGAGCAGAUCAGGCAGGCGGAGGACGAGCAGAGCAAGCACGCGAUGGCGGUCGCGCUCGCCACGGCGGCGGCGGCGGAGGCGGCCGUCGCCGCCGCGCACGCCGCCGCCGAGGUGGUCCGCCUCACCGGGAAGCCGGCGGCAUUGGCGCCGGCGACGACGCCGACGCCGUCCAGCCACGCGCACGCCGCCCUUAUGAUCCAAUCGGUCUACCGCGGAUACCUCGCGAGGAGGGCGCUGCGUGCGUUGAAGGGGCUGGUGCGGCUGCAGGCGCUGAUCCGGGGGCAGGCGGUGCGGCGGCAGACGGCGGCGACGCUGCGCGGCCUCGAGUCGCUCAUGAAGAUCCAGGCGCGGCAGCGCGCCAGGGCCUCCGCCGCCGCCGGCGACCACCCCGCCACCCCACCGCCGGCCGCAACCGACGGCAUGGACGCCCUGCUCCGGCGAGGCCGCGAGCUGUACUACGCCGCCGCCGCCGCGGUACACGAGCAGCAGCAGGGCAAGGGGUGGGACAGCAGCACGCUGUCGAAGGAGGAGAUGAGCGCGAUGAGCCGGAGCAGGGAGGAGGCCGCCCUCAAGCGGGUCCGCGCGCUGCAGUACGCCUCGCUCCACCAGAGCGAGAAGGCUGGGGUGAGGAGGCAGCCGAUGAGCAGGGAGGAGAUGGAGACGCUGAACCAGCGGUGGACGUGGCUGGAGGAGUGGGUCGGAUCGCAGCCGUUCGACAAGGACAUCCCCGUCGCGCACCAAUCUCCAAGCAGGGACGGCACCGACGACCUCCCCUCGCCGGCGCCGGCGCCGGCGGUGCUCCGCUCCAGGUCCAGGGCCGACAGGCUCGCCUGCGUCGGCGACGACGACGACGGCGGCGGCGGCGUCGACAGGCAGCUCGGGUACUCGGCCAGGCGGUCCUUCACCCGCGCCGGGAGGCGCACGCCGGCGAGGGACGACGACGCGCCGCCGCUGUUCCCGGGGUACAUGGCGUCCACGGCGUCCGCCAAGGCCAAGUUCCGGUCGAUGAGCACGCCCAAGGAGCGCUCCGGCGUCGCCGCGGCGGACGCCUACUCCGAGCAGUGCUUCCCGUUCGCCGACCGCCUGCUGUCGCCGAUCCCCUCCAUGUCGCCGAUCCCCUCCAUCGCCAGCGACAUCGUCUUCGCGAGGUCCAGCCGGCCGUCCGCCGCGCAGCGGUCGCCGCGGGUGAAGGGGCCCAUGACGCCGACGAGGUCCCGCUCCCGGAGGUCGCCGGGACGCCACAGCUUCGGCUCCGAGGCCGCGCUGCACCAGCUGCAGAUGGAGCAGUACACCCCUAUCCGGUGAACAAAAUAGCAAGCCUGUCA